GCCCCUCCCGUCCCCGGGAGCCGGGCUGCGGUGAGUGACAGGCGCAGGAGCAGCCAGGAUGCGCUCGCCUUUCUGCCCCAAAAUAUCGCCUCUGCUGCUCCUCCUGCACGUCCUGACCGUUGCAGGUUUGGGAAUCAACGAAUAUUUAUAUUUCCAAGUCCUGAGCCCGGCAGAUAUUCGUUACAUCUUCCAGACCAACCUGGCUAAAGACUUUGGUGGCAUCUUUCACACCCGGUACGAGCAGAUCUACCUGGUUCCCACGGACCCACCGCACGCCUGCAGUGACCUGAGCAACGGAGCCUUUGUCCAGGACCAGAUUGCCCUGGUGGAGCGAGGGGCGUGUUCGUUCCUGUCCAAGGCGCGCGUGAUCCAGGAGCACGGUGGUCGGGCUGUCAUCAUCUCUGACAACACGUAUGAUGAGGACAGCGCCUACGUGGAGAUGGUGCAGGACGGCACCACCCACAGCACGCACAUCCCCGCACUCUACCUGCUUGGCAAGGACGGGUACAUGAUCCGGCGUUCGCUGGAGGUACACGGCCUGCCCUGGGCUGUCAUCAGCAUCCCGGUCAACGUUAGUGCCAUGGCAACCUUCCAGCUCAAACAGCCACCGUGGACCCUGUGGUGACCAGCCCCACCUCGCCAGCGCACACAACGUCUGAGGAAGGGUCCCGACCAGAAACAUCACCCAUUCCAUCUCUCCAGACCCAGCGAGUUACUCCAGCAUUUAGUGUCCAUCUUCAGCGUAACAUCCGACACAUCAUCAAAGACAGCCAACAUGAUCAAAGACUGGAGAAGGGUCUCGACCCGAAAAGUCACCCGUUCCUUCUCUCCAGUGAUGCUGCCAGUCCCGCUGAGUUACUCCAGCACUUUGUGUCUAUCUUCGAUGUAAACCAGCAUCUGCAGUUCCUUCCUCCAACGCACUCAACGACUUGUCCGCGUCCCACCCCGGUCAUUCCAUCUUCUCCCCGCUCCCGUCCGGCAGAAGGUACAGAGGCUUGAAAGCGCGCACCACCAGACUCAGGAACAGCUUCUUCCCCUCUGUUAUCAGGCUUCUGAACGGCCCUUCCAUGAGCUAGGGUACUGUCCGAUUCACCUCUACCCCAUUGCGGACAUUGGACUUUGUCUGUGGAACUGAUGCGCUACAAUGCUGAGAACUAUAUUCUGCACUCUGUAUCUUCCCCUUUGCUCCACCUGUUGGACUGGAGUUUAACCUGAUUGUAUCUAUGUCGAGUAUUAUAUGAUCUGUUUGGACAGCGUGCAGAAAUGUAUGUAUAGUAUUAUCUGAGCUGAUUGGAUAUAUAAAAGUUUUCCAAUGUACCUCGGUGCACAUGGGAUUAAUAAAUCGAAACGUUCACCAAGUUCCAUCAGAUGGAUGGUGGGAA